GUACAUGUCCGUGGACACAUCCGGCGGAAGUGAAGAACAAAGGCGCUAGCAGCGUUAACUUCCAGUUUUCCUUGUGUUCUUUCUUGGUCUACAAGACGGCUUUGCUGUGUGAGCUAAACAUUUUAGUGUCUGUGUUAACAACAUCUCCGGUUCGGAACAUCCAUGGCAGCCCAAAGACCACGGACUCUCAACAGCAGGAUAUCAUGAGCUACUGAGCGUGGUUCUGCUCAGUAGCUCCUUGCUGAUCACUAUCCCAUAACCACAUAGAUGAACUCUAUUUUUGAUCACAAGAUGUCAAACAUUGUAGAAAUAAAAAAGGAACAGGAGGAACCAGAAGUGAAGCAGAUGACUGAGAUCAAAGAAGAACCAGAACCUCAAUCAAUUAAUGAAAAAUGGGUUGAACUCUCCAAGUUUCAGGAUGAAGGACAACUUUUAGUGAAGCAGGAGAUCAACACCUCCAUGGUGGCUCCUGCUUAUGAGGAAAUAUUCCACAAUGUACUAGAACUGCAACAUAUGAUGGAAACAAAGGAGGAACUGCAACCUGUGCAGAUGAAAGAGGAACAAGAAGAACCAGAACCUGUGCAGAUGAAAGAGGAACAAGAAGAACCAGAACCUGUGCAGAUGAAAGAGGAACAAGAAGAACCAGAACCUGUGCAGAUGAAAGAGGAACAAGAAGAACCAGAAUCUGUGCAGAAUAAAGAACAAGAAGAACCAGAACCUGUGCAGAAUAAAGAAGAACAAGAAGAACCAGAACCUGUGCAGAAUAAAGAAGAACAAGAAGAACCAGAACCUGUGCAGAUGAAAGAGGAACAAGAAGAACCAGAACCUGUGCAGAAUAAAGAAGAACAAGAAGAACCAGAACCUGUGCAGAUGAAAGAGGAACAAGAAGAACCAGAACCUGUGCAGAAUAAAGAGGAACAAGAAGAACCAGAACCUGUGCAGAUGAAAGAGGAACAAGAAGAACCAGAACCUGUGCAGAAUAAAGAAGAACAAGAAGAACCAGAACCUGUGCAGAAUAAAGAGGAACAAGAAGAACCAGAAUCUGUGCAGAAUAAAGAGGAACAAGAAGAACCAGAAUCUGUGCAGAAUAAAGAACAAGAAGAACCAGAACCUGUGCAGAAUAAAGAAGAACAAGAAGAACCAGAACCUGUGCAGAAUAAAGAAGAACAAGAAGAACCAGAACCUGUGCAGAUGAAAGAGGAACAAGAAGAACCAGAACCCGUGCAGAUGAAAGAGGAACAAGAAGAACCAGAACCCGUGCAGAUGAAAGAGGAACAAGAAGAACCAGAACCCGUGCAGAUGAAAGAGGAACAGGAGGAUCUCUGCAGUGAUCGGGAUGAAGAACAACUUGUAGUGAAGCAGGUGACUGACAGCUUUAUGGUGACUCCUACUUAUGAGCAAAAAGACAACAGUGAACCAGAACCAACUACAGACCCGCUCCUCUCUGCAAACUACCUUGAAGCUGAGAAUCCACAAGAAAUCAGUCUGAAAGAUUUUGUAUCAAAUAAAGAUUUGAAUUUGAAGAAGAGACACCAGGACACCAGAAAUCCAAGUAACGAUGUCGAACAUUCAAAACCAAAAACCCAGAUAACAAAUAAGCACCCUUGUGAAAUAUGUGGUAAAAGGUACCGCAGGCCCAGUGCUUUAGCUGCUCACUUAAGAACUCACACAGGUGAGAGGCCUUAUUGUUGUGAAUUGUGUGGUAAAUGCUUUUAUGAAACUGGUCAUCUGGCUCAUCACAUGAAAACUCACACAGGUGAGAAGCCAUUUCCUUGUAAAUUGUGUGGUAGAUCUUUCAAGAGGAACAGUGAGUUGACUCGUCAUAUUAGAAUCCACACAGGUGAGACGAUUUUUUCCUGUGAGGUGUGUGGCAAAACCUUUAAAGCCAGAAGUUACGUGCCUGUUCACAUGAGAACCCACACAGGUGAGAAGCCGUAUCAGUGUACUUUGUGCUUUAAGACUUUUAAUGACUCCUGUAAUUUGACCCAACACAUGAAAACCCACACAGGAGAGAGGCCGUAUCCUUGUGAACUGUGUGGUAAAUCUUUUUCCACCAGGACUCUUCUGGUUUGUCACUUAAGAGUUCACACUGGAGAGAAGCCAUAUCCUUGUGGAUUGUGCAGUAAGACCUUCACAGAAAAGGGUUCCUUGGCUGAUCACAUGAAAAUCCACUUAGGUGUGAAGCCCUAUGCCUGUCCACUGUGUAAUAAGUCUUUCACAAGAAAAUCGUAUUGCUCUAGGCACGUAAAAUCCCACGCAUGUCAGAAUCCACUCUUUACCAUAGAUUGGAGAGCCCGCCCCAAGGUCCCCAGGCUCUGCUUCCUCAGUGGAAGACAUGCCGGUGGAAUUGAGGAGGUCUUCGAAGUACUCUGCCCACCGACCCACAUGUCCCAAGUUGAGGUCGGACCGGCAUCCUCCCACACCAUCGGAGCCAGCUCACUACCAGGCACCAAGUCGGGGAGCAAUCAGUAUGCCCACCCCUGCUCGGCGCCUCUCACCAACUCCAGAGUGGAAGAGUGUCCAACCCCUCUCAAGGAGCCAAAGCUGUGCAUCAAGGUGAACCCGACUAUUUCUAGCCGGAACCUCUCUACCUCGCACACCUACUUAGGCUCCAUCCCCACCAGAGAGGCCUUCCACAGCAUCAUGUCGGUUAUUACCUGGGAAGUUGAUGCUGGUCACGUUCUCGUUAACAAGCAGAGGACCUCCGUUCUUGACCAUGAGAUACUAAACAGUAUGGACAUAAAAGAGGAACAGGAAGAACCAGAACCAGAUCAUAUAACUGAAGAACCAGAACAUCGAGUGAUAAAAGAAGAACAGGUUGAACUGUGCAUCUUCCAGGAUGAAGGGCAAAUUUUAGUAAAGCAGGAGACCGACACCUCCAUGGUGACUUCUGCUGAUGAGAAAAUAUUCCACAGUGAACCAGAACUGCAGCAGAUGAUAGAGACAAAGGAGGAACCAGAACCUGUACAAAUCAAACAGGAGCAUGAGCAGCUCUGCAGUAGUCAAGAUGAAGAACAGCCACAUGUCUUUGAGUUUUGUGAUGAUUCUUUCAUACAGCACAGUGAUUUGGAUAAUCACGUGAUAAUACCUCAUACAGAUGAGAAGCCUUUCUCAUGCCUGACUUGUGGAAGAGGUUUUAACAAACAGUAUAACUUGACUGUGCACAUGAGAACUCAUACAGGUGAGAAGCCGUAUCCUUGUGAACUGUGUGAUAAAUCUUUCCGAAGGAGUAAUGAUUUGGUCCGUCACAUCAGAACUCACACAGGUGAGACGCCAUAUUCCUGUCAGUUUUGUGGUAAAUCCUUUAAUGACAACAGUCAUUUGACUAUUCACCUGAGAACACACACAGGAGAGAAGCCCUAUUCCUGUGAAGUGUGUGGUAAAUCUUUGACUGACAGCAGUCAUUUGAUCAAACACAUGAGAACUCACACGGCUGAAAAACCUUUUCCAUGCCUAACUUGUGGAAAAGGUUUUACUGCACAGUCUGACCUAACUGUCCACAUGAGAACCCACACGGGUGAGAAGCCUUUCACGUGUCUGGUUUGUGGUAAAGGUUUUAUCCAGAAAACGACCCUGAGUUAUCACAUGAGAACUCACACAGGUGAGAAGCCAUUUCCAUGUGACCUGUGUGAAAAAUCUUUCAUACAAAGCAGUGAUCUGGCUCGUCACCUUAGAACACACACAGGUGAGAAGCCGUACUCUUGUGAAUUAUGUGAUAAAUCUUUUAGACAGAGUAGUGAUCUGGCUCGUCAUAUUAGAACUCACACAGGUGAGAAGCCGUUCUCAUGUGGGACCUGUGGAAAAGGUUUCACCAAGCAGAAUAAUCUGACUGUGCACAUGAGAAUUCAUACAGGGGAGAAGCCUUAUUCCUGUGAAUUAUGUGGUGAAUCAUUCACUGUCAAAUUCAGUUUGACUAGACACAAAUGUAAAAAUAAUAAUUAGAAAGUUAUCCGACAAUAGAGCUGUUUGCUUUAAUCACAGCGCCAUCUACUGGACACAAGCAACAAUAAGGGAAGCACUUCGCAAUGACGAACUGUCUGGUUGUUUUUUUUUCGUUUCUUUUGUCCUAUACAAAUAGUAUUUCUUGCUUUUGUGUUAUAGUACAAUCAAACUCUCACAUUGGUGAUCAUCUUCUUAUAACCAGUUUAAACCAAGAUCUAACUGUGGAGCUUAGUCCAAAAAGAAGAGGAAGUUGGUGAUGUUGUUUUCUGUUUUGUUGGUUUUGUUUUUUUCUGCUGGAUGCAAGAUUAUCACCCCUCUCACAAAUAAACGGAAGAUGGGAUUUAG